AUGGAAAUACACAAUGAUAUGGGUUUUAGGGUGUAUGUAGAGUUGAAAAAAGAGAACAGAGAAUUCGGGAUGUAUCCUUUGUGCAUAACAACAAUUGACAAAGAAGUUGUAGCCGGAGGUAGUUUAAUUCAAGGCGACAUUGUCCAAAUGGAAGAAGCAGUUCAAAGGUAUAAUUUCGAUACAGAUGAUACCCUUGCCCUUGAUGUUGUAAAUUUAGGCGAACCAAUUGGGGUGUUCGAACUGGACAAGGAUUUUAUAAUUUCAAAAAUAAAUCAAAGGGAGAUUAUGGUUGGACAAGUAUAUAAGGAUAAAGCUACAUUGAAAGAGGUGAUGGAGCAUUACGCUAUAUCAGAAAGGUUUCAAUUCCGGGUUGAUAUGUCUAAUGCAAUCAGCAAUGCAUUAUUAUGUAUGUGCGAAGAUUGUGAAUGGAGGUUUAAGGCUUCUAGCAUUAACAAAUCACAAUUAUUCAAAGUGAGAGAGUUCAAUGAUAAGCAUACAUGUCCGUUGAAGGAUAAGGUGUAUGAGCAACGUCAGGCAAGUAGCAGCCUUAUAGGUGGUAUGAUUAGGCCCAAGCUUACAAAUCAUAAGAGGAAAUACACCCCAAAGGAUAUCAUUGAUGAUGUGAAAACUGAUUUAGGUGUCGAUGUUAGUUACAUGUUGGCAUGUCGGGCUAAAGAAAAGGGGUUCGAUCAAUGUAGACCCAUUGUGGUUGUGGAUGGAAGCCACUUAAAAUCGUAUUACACUGGGACUUUCGUCUCGGCCAGCACUUUGGAUGGUGCAGGUCAUAUACUUCCACUAGCAUAUGGUGUUAUUGAUUCAGAGAACGAUGCUGCUUGGACGUGGUUCUUUGAGCAAUUCAAGGAAGCAUAUGGUGAGAGGGAAAGCAUGUGCAUCGUUUCAGAUAGGAACGAAAGUAUCAUCAAGUCUGUAUCAAGAGUGUAUCCAACUGUACCACAUUUUGCUUGUAUAUGGCAUCUUUGGAACAACGUAUAUAAGAAAUUCAAAAAGAGUCAUUCAAAGUUGAGCGAGAUAUACUUCUCAAUGGCAAAAGCGUACACACAAGCUGAGUUUGACAGUCUAAUGGAGAAGGUAGAAAAGGUAGAUAUUAGGGUGAAGGAAUACUUGGAGUUAGCUGGAUACGAAAAAUGGGCUAGGUUGUAUGCACCUGUCAACAGGGAAUGGACAAUGACGUCAAAUAUUGCCGAGUCAAUCAAUGCCGCACUUGUGUCAGCAAGGGAAUUGCCAAUAUACGACUUCCUCGAAGAAGUUAGGAAAAUGUUCGGACGUUGGAAUUGCAGCAAUCGGAAAUAA